GUUUUCUAUAAGUGCUAUCACAUACGUAUAUGGAGGGACACAUCUCAGCCUCAUAAAACCAGCUGUUUUGCGGAUUUUGCGAUUCAGUUUGAUAAAAAAAAAAGAGAAACAACACCAGCGAGGGAAUUAUGUUCAGGAACGCCGGCAGUCGAUUAUUUCGUGGUUUACACAGGCAGUGCAAUACGACCGCGCAGCAUGUGAGGGGUAUAAAUCUGAUACCCAUGGUUGUUGAACAGACGGGCAGAGGAGAGCGGGCAUAUGAUAUAUUCUCUCGUCUCUUGAAGGAGCGUAUCAUUUGUCUUAUGGGCAACAUUACAGAUGAUAUCAGCUCUACGGUCGUUGCUCAGUUGCUCUUUCUGCAGUCAGAAAAUGUCAACAAGCCCAUUCAUUUGUAUAUCAAUUCACCCGGUGGCGUGGUUACGGCAGGUCUUGCAAUCUAUGACACGAUGCAGUAUGUGAAGCCGCCAAUAGCGACGUGGUGUGUGGGCCAGGCUUGUUCUAUGGGCUCCCUACUGCUGGCAGCUGGAGCACCUGGCAUGCGUUACUCCUUGCCGAAUGCACGCAUCAUGAUACAUCAGCCGUCCGGAGGAGCUCAGGGUCAAGCCACGGACAUACUUAUACAUGCGGAGGAGAUCAUCAAGAUAAAGCGUCAACUAACGAAUAUAUAUGUGAAGCAUGCGAAAAAUUCCUACGACGAGAUGUGUUCGCGUAUGGAGCGUGACCAUUUCAUGACCCCAGAGGAGGCCAAGACCCUAGGCAUAAUUGAUCAUGUGCUUGAGCAUCCACCAGAGACGGUUUCAGAUAGUGGGCCAACAUCUGAUGGCGGACCAGCAACAGGCAAGCUAAUCUCCGAAGCAAAUACAGAGAAGAAGAGAUCCAAACAGUCGGGCUAAUUUAUAGAAUUUUUGAAAUUCCGAAGAAAAUCUGAAUUUUUGAAUUGUAACUCAUUGGUUAGGUCACAUUAAAAAUUCUUAGAAUAUUCAGGAA